AAACGGUCGGCGGGCGCGGCGCGUGCGGCUGCUGGUUUCCGUGGAGACGGGGAGGCCUGGUCGCGUCCAUGGAGCCGGGGCUCGUCGGGCCCGGGCCGUAUCGCGCCACCCGGCUGGUGAGUGAGUGCCCGCUGGGCCGGGCUGGGCUGGGGUGCUCCUCUCCUGCUUGGGGCCCUGUGCACCCUUACCUUGUCCUGGGGGGAGCUUCUCCCCUACGACGGUUCUGUAGAGCUGAGUCUUUGAGGGCCGAGCGCGGCGGCCCUGGGCCUGGGCCUGGACCUGGACCUGUCCGGGCAGCCGUUCCCCGGCGGCCGGGACCUGAGGCGCGCCAUUCAGGUGCUGGCGUUACCUAAGGUGAGUCUGUGCGGGGCGAUCGGCCCAGCGGAAGGCAGGCGUGGUCCAGUCCUCCACCUCGUUAACAGCCGAGGGGCGGCCGAACUUCCCCCUGGAGCCGCUGAGCCGUCAGGAGCAGAGGGCUUGGAAUGAGAUAAUUGAACUCUUCCGUGCUGGAAUGCCUCUACGGAAGCAUCGAUGCCGCUUCAAAAGCUAUGAGCGUUGCUUCAAAGCCUCGGAGGCAGUGGACUGUUUGCACGAACUACUUGGCUCGAACCAAAACUUUGGCCCAGAGGUGACUCGCAGUCAAACGGUUAAGCUGCUUAAAAAAUUCCUGAAAAAUCAUGUUAUUGAAGAUAUUAAAGGAAGGUGGGGCAAAGAGGACUUUCAAGAUGAUGGCCAUUUGUAUAGAUUUCCUCCUUCCUCACCACUGAAGCCAUAUCCAAAGAAACCUUCGUUUGGAAAGGAAGUAAUUAAAUUUCCAGAUUGGAAUGAUCCAAAGGCUGGUACUUCCCAAGAACACAUUCCUGUCAAAUCAAUCAUGAUGAAUUCUGAAACGUGGUACAAGCGUCACAGUAUAGCUAUAGGGGAAGUACCAGCGUGCAAGCUUGUUUUCCGUAGAGAGUUAACACAAGAAAAUAUAGAAGAGAUAUGGAAAUCAAUGACUUUGGCACGACUGCAAAAAGUUUUGGGUUUGGAUUGCCUGGAUGAAGUGAUAGAUACAAAGCUUGUGAAUUCAAAGCAUAUUGUCCAAAAUGCAUACAAUGUUAAUAAGCAAGGCAUUGUCACUUUAGAAGACAAGUCAAAGGACUUACCUCACUGGAUAUUGUCAGCAAUGAAAUGCCUAGCAAAUUGGCCCAUCUGCUCAGAUUUGAAGCAACCUACAUAUUCAGGAUUUGAAAGAGAUGUCUUCAAAACAAUAGUGGACUACUUUGGCCAGAUGAAAGAACCACUUCUUACAUUUAAUUUUUUUGAUGUUUUUGUUAGUGUGUUAGGUCUGCUGCAAAAACACAAUGAGGCUAUAGAAGCUCUUCAAAUAUCUUGCCUCCUGCUGCCACCAGAAAAUCGGAGAAAACUACAGCUGUUGGUGAGAAUGAUGGCAAGAAUUAGCUUUAACAAGGAUUUGCCACCUCUUUCUGAAUCAGUGAGGACCAGAGUCUUGAUGGUUCAAGCAUUUUCCCGUUGUAUUCUCUGCUCUAAGGAUGAAAUGGACUUGGAUGAACUGCUUGCUGCUAAGCUAGUAUCUUUUCUCAUGGACAAUUAUCAGGAGAUUUUAAGCGUUCCAUCCUCCUUAAAAUCUUCUAUAGAGGAACAUGUUGUACACGUCCAAAGAGUUCAAAUAAAAUAUGCUGGAGCUGACACUGAUGCAGCUUUUCCUGCUCCAUCAUUUUGUCAUCAAAUCAGCACAGAUGAAUUUGAAUACCAAAGGGCAACUGGCUCUCAGGAACCGCUGGCAGCUUUAUUGGAAGAAAUCGCAACAAAUAAAGAAAUAUCUGUGAAAGACAAGAAGAAAAAGCUCAAACAAUUUCAGAAAUCUUACCCUGAAGUGUAUAGAGUACGAUUUCCUACCCCUGAAACUGAAGCAGUGCUAUUUCCAGAAAAAUCAAAACAGAAGCCACCACUUCUGAUGUGGGCUUUAAGAAAGCCUUUUCAACCAUUUCACAGAACCAGAAGCUUUCGGAUGUGAAGAGUUUGUAUGUAAUACAUCAGCAAACUGAGUCAAAGCAGAUUUUCAAUGGAUCUUGACACAAAAGGAGUCUGAGCAGCAUGUUAUUUGCUCAGAGUAAAUACUGGAGACUGUAGAGAACAUCAAAAGAGAAGUGUUGGGGACAUAGAAAUGUGAACCAAUAUCAGUAUUUUUGUAAAUCAUGAUUUUUUUAAAAUGUCUGUUUUGUAGUUUUUAAAAACAAGAUGAUUAACUUGCACUGGGGAUAAGGCACACUUGCUGUAGUUUGACCAUCACUUCAAGGUCAAAGCUUGUGUGCAUGUAUUGUUAGUUAAUCAAGAGCAUUUUUUUCCUAUUGUAUAAACUAGGCCAUUUGUUCAUGCAUAGCUUGAGAAAUUAUUAAUCUGUAAGUAUAUGAAUAAGUAUGUAACACUGGAUUUUGUUUUGCUGUUCUGUGUCCUGUUGUUCUUAUAUAAAAUUUAUUUCAUAAAACUGUAAAAACUCAUUCUUAAUUUUGAUUCUUUCAUUGCAUUGAGAGUCAACUGUUGUUGAAGAGCCAUUUCUUUCUUUAGUAUAAAUUUAGUCUUUCAAGUAAUCUAGACUUAAAAAGCCUUUUCCAAAAGCUGUUAUGAAAUAGUGCUGUAUAAAAUUGGAUGCCUGUCUUCUAGAACUCAUUUUAUCAGGAAAAUUUGAAGCCUUGCAUUUUUUCUGGAAAUGCAAAUAUUGACUUGAUUUUAAAGAAUUGGGUACCUUUAAUGAUUUUGUUUGUUUUGCAUUACAUAAACUAUUGUACAUGUAACUUCACUGGGAGUAUAACUUGAUUCUGGCACCAUUUUUGAUCUAUUAAAACAUUGUUUGCAGACAUUUGAAAUUCUAAUAAACAACAUGCUGACUAAUCUGCAACAUUCACAAACCCUCUACCACGUCAAUAAGCUUAAGGAUGUAGCGAGGCUGAUGGUUUAACAGACUGGAAUAUUUCUCAGAUACUGUGCUUUUUAUGAACAGUUCAUGUUUUCAUGGUGUGUCUUCGUCCUUGCACUUCUUAUCAGUAAUCAUUGCUUAAGUAAAUGUGGUGCUGAAGGUACACUUUUCAAAUAUUAAGAACACAUUAAAAUUAAUAUUAAAAGUAGUCUGAGGCCACUUUUUUACUAGGUCUGUGGUGGUGAUGUAUCCUCUUACAUUUGUCAUAGUAUUCUGCAUAUUUUUAGGUACAUUCAGACUGACUACUCGUAAUAUAAUCAUUUGGUUACAGCAGUAAUCCAUAAAGUGUAACAGCUAAUAAGACUAGCAUUUUCCAUAGAAAUGAGGAAACCCACCCAAACUCAUCUUUGACAUCAGUUCUUAACUGUAUGGGAGAGGUAGAAUUCAAUCUAUUAGGCACUGAAAAUAAUAUCACUACUUACAUAUGAGCCUUCUAGUGUCACAUUGAAUUGUUUCUCCAGUGAUUCAUGUCUUCUGUUCAUAUAGCCAAGUUUAAACAGCAGUUUGUGUUUACUUGUUAGUUUCUAGUAGCAGCAAUUGAAGACACGGUGUUUCUGUGGGUCAAUUACAGUCAUGUUUCAAAUAAUUCUUUUUUGUCUGCAAUAAAAACAAACCAAGCAAAUCCAUUUGCUGACAAUUCCCAUGCCUGCCAAAAAUGCUGUCACAGAAAAUUCUCUAAAACCUCAGGGGGACUGUAGGAAGAGAACUGCAGCUGUAAUCGUAGUUUUGCUAGACUGAAUUUUAACUGUUGUCUAAUCUUGAAGACAGUCAAAAACUAUCUUGGAAGUAGAGGAAAUUUGGCUAUAGCUGCUAUUACAGCUCUUCCUUGUCUCAUAACUGAACUAACUGCGCACACACAAAGCAAAUAUGGUAUCCUUUCAGAAUGGAGGCUGGAAAAAAGAUUGCUAGAAAAAAAGUACAAAGAAGACUGUGGUCUUGGUAAAGAAGAAAAAUGUUUUUGUAUUUCUAACAUGUAAUCAGUAGAAACCUUAGUUUUCUUAUUAACUUUCUCAGGAAUUUAAUUUCUCUAUGAAAGCCUUGUAAUGUCUUGAUAUUGCCAGGACUGAACAACCUUGAAUCAGCUGGGCUUUAUUUCCUGUGAAUUGUGAGAUUCUUCUGGUUAUGCAAGUAGUUGUUACUGAAGAGGUUAGCUAAAUUAAGACUUAGGUGACAUUCUUUUGAAACACAGCAGGUGGAAAACUCAAUAAAGGUAAAUGAGCGUUAUCUUAAAUAUCUACCUUCAAGCUCCUAUGUAAGUAGGAGCUAUUUCUCAACAUUGUAGUCUAAAUUUAACUCCUCAGUACUAAAGUUUCUAUUGCAAUGCCAUUCUUUGUAGCUCUUGGGCUUUUUGGAAAAAAAUCAGAAACUUUGAGUAGAAGUUUCUGUGAUUUUUGUGUGUGUGUGUGCUGAUACCAAAUAGUUAACUAUUUGGUAAUAUUAGUCAUAUUUUAUGUCACAUAUUAUAGUCAUAUAUUAUAAAAUUAGUCAUAUUUGACAUAUGACUAAUAGCAAACCCUUGCAGAAGAGUGGAAAACCUGAUGCAGAAUAAUAUAGCUAAUUAUUGUUCAGUAUGCUGUUUUUAAUUCCCCACUGAAAGUACACUUGUAUGGUGAACGUGGUUUUGUUAGUGAUGAAGAUUACAAUUGCAUUUCAAAGUGUGUUUUAGUUUUUAAUCCUGAAAGUUUUGCUGUGGGGAUGAGAUAGCUGUAUAUGGUAUGUUUAGGUAAACUGAUAAUAUACUUAGCUUAUAUUUGUUUUAUUAUGGAUUUCUUGGAAGUACUGAUGGAGUCACAUAUAUGAUUGAAAAUUGUGGCUAUAUUAGGCUUUUUAUGGCAUUAUUUUUAGUGGCUUCUGAUAGAAUACAGAUAUUAGCCAGUAAUGGCUAAGUGAUUAAGAACUGCAUAAAUGUAAGUGCAAGGGCACUGUAACUGAUGGAGAUGCACUUUAUGGAUUUUUCCAGAAAAUCUGUACUGCAUUUUCCUGUUUUCACUGAGGAUGUGAAAAUGAAUAUUAAAUAAAAAUAAUCACUGUUGUUGUCAUUA